AUGGAUGAUUUAGUUUUUAAUCUUAAAUUUACAAGCAAACAAUUCCAAAGAGCUUCUAAAAAAGCUGAAAAGGAAGAAAAGAAGGAAAAGGACAAGGUUAAACAAGCUAUGGAAAAGGGUAAUCUUGAAGGUGCUCGUAUUCACGCUCAAACAGCCAUCAGAAAAAAGAAUGAAACUAUUAACUUUUUGAGACUUUCAUCAAGAAUUGAUGCAGUUGCUAGUAGAAUGGAUACAGCCAUCAAGAUGAAUAGGGUGACAUCAACUAUGGGUGGUAUUGUUAAGGGAAUGGAUAAAGUUCUCGGAGCAAUGGAUGCUAGUAAAAUUGGAGCAAUUUUGGAUAAAUUUGAACAACAAUUUGAAGAUUUGGAUGUUACUAGUCAAUACAUGGAAAGUUCAAUGCAACAAACAACAAGUUUGUCAACACCUGAAGAUGAAGUCAAUCAACUCAUGGCCGAAGUUGCUGAUGAAAAUGGUUUGAAUGUUUCUGAAAAAUUGGGAGCAGUCAAAACCAAGAAGGAUGAUAUCCAAAGUGUUCAAGUUGAUGAAUUAUCGGAAAGAUUAUCCAAACUCAAAUCCCAAAAAUUGUAA